UACCCGGGACUGAAACAUGGAGAAGGACGCCCGAGUGAAGAAAAUCGCGGCACCCUCCGUCUCACAAAUCAACGCAGAAUAUGUCACACAGCUGGCAAAUAAAUACUGGGCACCCCUUGUAAAGAAAAAGCUCCCCUUUGACCGCAAGGUUGUGGAAGACAUAUAUGUCAAUGAGAUCCUCAAAUCAAAGUUUGCUAUCCGCAAGAUCAUGCUGCUGGAGUUUAGCCAGUACCUGGAGAACUACCUGUGGGUGAACUACAGUCCGGCGGUGUCCAGUAAUGCCUACCUCAUGUCCAUCUGCUGCAUCGUCAACGAGAAGUUCAGGGAAAAUGUGCCAGCCUGGCAGGUGUUUAAGAAGGAGCCCAAGCACUUCCCGUUCUUCUUCAAGUGUGUCAUGGAGGCGUCCUUGGCUGGCACGGAGAGGGGGCUGGCGCUACGGGAACAGACUGUGCUGUUGCUCUUCCUCGAUCACUGCUUCAACAGCCUGGAGGUGGAUCUGAUUCGUGAGCAGGUGCAGCAGCUCAUCUCUCUGCCCAUGUGGAUGUGCCUCUUACCGUCGCGGCUGCAGUCGGAGCUGAAGAAAGGGCCAAAACUGAGAAAGUUCUGGAACCUGAUCAAAAAGAACUACGAGAAGCUGGAGCCCAAAGAUGCUGAACAAGCCAAGAUGGAGCGCACCUUCCUGUCCUCCCUCAUCAAGAAGUUCCUGCAGGUGCUGACGUCCAUCCCAGCAUCAGGUGCUGUUUCUAUGGAGGCUGUGCAUUACUGUGAACGCUUCAUUGAACUCAUAAUUGAUCUGGAGGCCCUGCUCCCCACUCGUCGCUGGUUCAACACGGUGCUGGAUGACUCCCACCUGGUGGUUAGCUGCCACCUCUCCUCCCUCAGCCAGAGAGAGAAGGAGGGACACCUGUUCAGCCAGCUUCUUGAUAUGCUGAAGUUCUAUACAGGCUUUGAGAUCAACGAUCAGACGGGCAACGCUCUCACAGAGAAGGAGAUGACAACACUUCACUAUGACAGAAUCACUUCGCUACAGAGAGCUGCCUUUGCCCACUUCCCAGAGCUUCAGGACUUUGCCUUGUCUAACGUGGCAGCAGUGGACACACGUGACUCUCUCACCAAGCAGUUUGGCUACCUCAGUCCCAAUACUCUCCACCGGGUGGCCUCGUACCUGUGCCUGCUGCCAGAGCUUCCUGAAGGGACUGACUCUACCUAUGAUAAGAAAGUGCUGCUCGAGCUCCUGGUGUCUCGACAUGAGCGUCGCAUCUCCCAGAUCGAGCAAUUGAACCAGAUGCCCCUGUACCCCACGGAGAAGAUCAUCUGGGACGAGAACAUAGUACCCACCGAAUACUACUCUGGAGAAGGUUGCCUAGCGUUGCCGAAGUUGAACCUGCAGUUCCUGACUCUCCACGACUACCUGCUGCGGAACUUCAAUCUGUUCCGUCUGGAGUCCACCUACGAGAUCAGGCAGGACAUCGAAGACGUGGUGUCACGCAUGAAGCCAUGGCAGUCUGAGUACGGUGGUUGUGUGUUUGGUGGCUGGGCGCGUAUGGCCCAAACCAUCAUGUCCUUCUCCAUCGUGGAGGUGGCCAAGCCCAACAUUGGGGAGAACUGGCCCGCUCGCGUACGCGCCGACAUCACUGUCAACCUCAACGUGCGUGACGAGAUCAAACGCGAGUGGGAGGGUCUGCGUAAGCACGAUGUGUGUUUCCUGGUGACUGUUCGGCCCAUGCUCCCGUACGGGACGCGUUUCGACCGCCGCCAGCCCUUCGUGGAGCAGGUGGGGCUGGCCUACGUGCGCGGGUGCGAGGUGCAGGGCAUGCUGGACGACAAGGGACGCGUCAUCGAGGAGGGUCCGGACCCGAAGCCCAAGCUGAGGGGAGACAGCAGGACGUUCCGCGUGUGGCUGGACCCGAACCAGUACCAGCAGGACAUGACCCACAGCAUCCAGACCCGCGCAGAGGACCCGUAUGAGACCUUCAACAUCAUCAUGAGACGCAAACCCAAAGAGAACAACUUCAAGGCCGUCUUGGAGACGAUUCGUAACCUGAUGAAUACAGAGUGCGUGGUGCCCGACUGGCUUCAUGACAUUAUCCUCGGCUAUGGCGACCCCGGCUCCGCCCACUACUCCAAGAUGCCCAAUCAGAUCCGCACGCUGGACUUCAACGACACCUUCCUCAAUCUGGAGCACCUAAAGGCCUGUUUCCCCGGACACCAGGUCAAGGUCACCGUGGACGACCCCGCCCUACAAGUUCCGCCCUUCAGGAUCACGUUUCCCGAGAGCAAGGCAGCACAGGCGGUGAAAGGCAAAAAGAGGAAGGCAGGAGAGGAGGAGGAAGAAGAGGAGGAGAAGAAGAAGAAGAGUACGGAGGAUGAUCGCACAUUGCUGGUUGAGCCUCACGUCAUCCCCAACCGAGGGCCGUACCCCUACAACCAGCCCAAACGGAACACCAUCCCCUUCACACCAACACAGAUCGAGGCCAUCCGCGCUGGCAUGCAGCCUGGGCUCACCAUGGUGGUGGGUCCCCCAGGUACGGGUAAGACUGACGUGGCUGUUCAGAUCAUCUCCAAUAUCUACCACAACUUCCCCGAGCAGAGGACACUUAUCGUCACACACUCCAAUCAGGCUCUGAAUCAACUGUUUGAGAAGAUCAUGGCUCUGGACAUUGAUGAACGGCAUCUCCUGCGACUGGGACACGGAGAGGAAGAACUGGAGACGGAGAAGGACUUCAGCAGGUAUGGUCGUGUGAACUACGUGCUGGCUCGUCGCCUGGAGCUGUUGAAGGAGGUGGCUCGGCUACAGGAGAGUCUGGACGUACCUGGAGAUGUCAGCUAUACCUGCGAGACCGCCGGACACUUCUUCCUUUAUCAGGUGAUUUCUCGUUGGGAGGAGUACAUGAGUAAAGUGAAGCCUAAAGGUGGUCGUGAGGUGGGGGUGGAGUUGGUGGCGAGCCUCUUCCCCUUCCCCAAGUACUUCCACAAUGCGCCCCAGCCCCUCUUCCACGGCCACUCCUACGAGGAGGACAUGGACAUCGCUGAGGGAUGCUUCAGACACAUCAAGAAGAUCUUCACACAACUAGAGGAGUUCCGUGCGUUUGAGCUGCUGCGUAGCGGUCUGGACCGGUCCAAGUACCUGCUGGUGAAGGAGGCCAAGAUCAUCGCCAUGACCUGCACUCACGCCGCCCUCAAACGCCACGACCUGGUGGAGCUCGGCUUCAAGUAUGACAACAUCCUGAUGGAAGAGUCUGCCCAGAUUCUUGAGAUCGAGACCUUCAUCCCUCUCCUGCUGCAGAACCCUGAGGACGGUUACAGUCGGCUGAAGCGCUGGAUCAUGAUUGGAGACCACCACCAGUUGCCCCCGGUGAUCAAGAACAUGGCCUUCCAGAAGUACUCCAACAUGGAGCAGUCCCUCUUCACGCGCUUUGUCAGACUGGGAGUGCCCACCGUGGACCUUGAUGCCCAGGGCAGAGCACGCGCCAGUCUGUGUAACCUGUAUAACUGGCGCUAUAAGCAGCUGGGGAACCUGCCUCACGUGCAGCAACAGCCAGAGUUCCGCAUGCCCAACGCCGGCCUGCAAUACGACUUCCAGCUCAUCAACGUGGAGGACUUCAACGGGGUCGGGGAGUCCGAACCCAACCCAUACUUCUACCAGAACCUUGCUGAGGCGGAAUAUUCCGUGGCCCUCUUCAUGUACAUGCGUCUGCUGGGUUACCCGGCCGACCGCAUCAGCAUCCUGACCACCUACAACGGCCAGAAGCAUCUCAUCAGAGACGUCAUCAACCAGAGAUGCGCCAGAAACCCCUUCUUCGGACAGCCCAACAAGGUGACAACAGUGGACCGUUUCCAGGGGCAACAGAAUGACAUCAUCAUUCUCUCACUGGUGCGCACCAAAGCUGUGGGACACUUGAGGGAUGUUCGUCGUCUUGUGGUGGCCAUGUCUCGAGCUCGUCUGGGUCUCUACAUCUUCGCCCGCGUGUCCCUGUUCCAGAACUGCUUUGAACUCACGCCCGCCUUCAACCAGUUGACGGCCCGGCCACAACAACUGCACAUCAGGCCACAGGAGUACUGUAAUCAAGCGAUGACUGAUCGUUCGUCGCAGCCUGCCCAGGUUAUUAAGAACAUGCCUGAGAUGGCCAACCUCGUCUACAGCAUGUACAUGCACAUGAUGCAGCAGAGCCAACAGUACAGACAGCAGCAGCAGUUGUUGCCGCCGCCUCGUCAGGUGCGUGAGGAGCCCGUAAAGCAGGAGGCGGAGCCAGAGGCUGAGGAGGAGGAGGAGGCGGAACCUGAGGCCCCUCAGCCAAUGGAAGAAGAGCCCAGCGCUGAGCAGCCAAUCAAGGAGCAGCCCAGUGCUGCAGACAGCCAAUCGAAAGCCGUGGCAGCCCCAGAGCCCGCCCAGGAAGAGCAGCAGCAGGAGGAGGAGAAGCACCCCAAGAUGCCGGAACACCCCGGCAGAGACAGCGACAGCGAAUACAGUGAAGAGGACGAGGAGUAGACAUAGACAAACACACACACGAAUACAGCGAAGAGGAUGAGGAGUAGAGAAACACACAUGCGGACACAUAUAGCGAAGAGAAAGAGUAGACACACACACACACAAAUAUGCCUGUGCCAGGCCCUGCAAAUGAUUUUCUUUAAGUUGUUUCCAAUGAUCGGGACUUUGUCUUCAAAUAUGUGUUUGUUUUCUACUGUUUGUAUCAAGUAUCACUCGUUUUUUAAAUAAAGAUGUACAAUUGGA